ACGGAGCCCCGUAAUACGCCUCGUCAAGCAAAUUCUUCCUCCUCCAGGGGUAUAGAACGCGCGCACCCAUCAGUACCUGCAGAAAUAGCCGAGUAACCCUAGAUCGGAUCCUUUUCAUCUUCCGCAUUUGGAUCCUGAAAGUCGUUAUCCGUCGAUUUCUCAAUGGAAUCAGAUUUGGACCCUGAACGCCAGCAGAUCGUGGAAGGAAGUUUUUCUCAUCCUAUGCAAAUUGAUCCCAGUCGGGCACGUUUUCCAUGUUGUAUUGUGUGGUCACCUCUUCCUGUUAUCUCAUGGUUGAUUCCUUUCAUUGGUCACAUUGGCAUCUGCAGAGAGGAUGGAGUAAUAUUGGAUUUUGCGGGGCCUAAUUUUGUGUGUGUAGACAACUUUGCAUUUGGAGCCCCAACUCGCUAUAUUCAGAUAAGUAAAGAAAAGCAGUGUUGCAUCCCCUCCCGUCGAUCUGCUUUCAGUGGAGAGGAUCAAUUCAUGCGGGAUGAAGCCAGUGGGGACUUGAGGACAUGGGAUGACGCGCUUAUGAAGAGCACCCAAGAAUUCCAGCAUCGAUCUUACAAUCUUUUAACAUGCAAUUGUCACUCGUUUGUUGCCAAUAAUUUAAAUAGGCUGGGCUUCUUGUCUGGUGGGUGGAACGUGGUAAACCUUGCUAUUUACAUUUUACUCAAUGGUUCUUGGGUCUCCACAGCAACUGUUUUGAAAUCUGUUUUACCCUUUGCUGUUGUGUUUUUUCUUGGAAUCACGUUUGGGGGCUUCACCUUCCUAGCUUAUUGGUCAUUUUUCACCUUUGCUCUUGUUGGUUGGUUCCUUGUUGGUACUUACUGUUUCAAAAACUUGAUUUACCUGUAGCAUGUAUAUUACGUAUUGCCACAAUGUUUAAUACCGUAAUUCAGUUUUAAGUCUGGUAGAGAUAUCCAGACUAUAUCAUUUAUUAUCU